ACUCACAGCACUCUUGAGGAAGGAAGAGUUGCAGAUUGUUAUUGCAUUUUUACUGUGUCUGAAACCAAAAUUAGAGGAACAAUAUGGGUUGCAGCUGCACUUUAGCUUCUUCCACUAUCUCCCCCUGCCUCUCUUCUUCCUUGAGAAUCAGCCCUUUACGUUCCUCCCUUGGUUUGUCACGCUCCUCCAGUCUUUGCUUUCGAAGUAAUAUAAAUGGGGUUUUGGAGUUAUCCCAUUUCAGUUCCAAUUCCACUCGUUUCAGAACCAUCCUCAAAAGCAGCAACAGCAAAGCCACUGAUUUACAAGUGGACUCAUCAUCAAAUGCGGUGGACUGCGUUGGCACUGGCCUUGAUGUGGAGUGCGUAACCACGGAAGCAGGUGAAGAGCAAAAGGGUGGUGAAGAAAGCAUCACAGUGGUUGAGAUUAGUGAUGUGUUGAAGUGGGCGGUUUUGGUGUCCCCUUUCUUCUUCUGGGGCACUGCGAUGGUGGCAAUGAAGGAGGUUUUGCCCAAGGCAGGCCCUUUCUUCGUGGCUGCCUUUCGUUUGAUUCCUGCAGGGUUGCUGUUGGUGGGUUAUGCAGGGUCCAAGGGCAGGCCUUUGCCCUCUGGACUUACUGCUUGGCUUUCCAUUGCUCUCUUCGGUUUCGUGGAUGCCGCAUGUUUUCAGGGAUUUCUUGCUGAAGGGUUGCAGAGGACAUCUGCAGGUUUGGGCAGCGUGAUUAUUGAUUCACAACCUUUGACAGUUGCAAUACUUGCAUCCUUGUUAUUUGGUGAGUCCAUUGGAUUGGUAGGAGCUGCAGGGUUGCUGCUUGGUGUCAUUGGGCUUCUACUUCUUGAGGUACCUGCUCUUGCUUUUGAUGAGAGCAAUUUUUCAUUGUGGGGGAGUGGAGAAUGGUGGAUGCUCCUUGCAGCUCAGAGCAUGGCAGUUGGAACAGUCAUGGUCCGCUGGGUUUCUAAAUACUCUGAUCCUGUCAUGGCAACUGGAUGGCACAUGGUCAUUGGUGGUCUUCCUCUUGUGGCACUUUCCAUUCUCAAUCGCGAUCCUGUUUACAGUGGGAGUCUUCAGGAGCUUUCAUCAAGUGACUUAUUGGCACUCCUUUAUACCUCCAUUUUUGGAAGUGCCAUUAGCUAUGGUGUAUACUUCUACAGUGCAACAAAAGGUAGCCUGACAAAGCUAAGCUCCCUCACCUUUCUGACCCCAAUGUUUGCUUCAAUUUUUGGGUACCUAUACCUUGGUGAGACCUUCUCUAGUUUGCAACUGUUUGGGGCCAUUGUGACUUUGGUUGCAAUAUACAUGGUUAACUAUCGAGAAAGUACUCAAUAAGGCUACGAACUAAGGAGAAAUAAGGAGAAAGCAAUACUACAGUGCAGGUUUUUUUCCUUUAUUUGGCAAGAUCUACCUUACCAAUGAGGCAUGUGUGUAUUUGAUGGGACCCUAAGCCAAAAGCAAAGAGGCAUAAUGCCAGAGGUGGACGUCUUGUAACGUAGCAUGUGUCUGUAAAUACGGAUAGGAUCAUAGGUGGAUUAUGGGACACUUGAAAGGUUCAUUUCUCAAGCAUUAUAUCACUUCGUGGAGACAUGUUCAUUGCUGCUUGAAGUUCUUCAAGUUGGAGCAACAUGCCAUGUAAUAAGUGAAGGCAUUUCCACGGGGAAGAAAAAAAGUUGAGGGCAUCGUUUUUUCAUUUCUCGUAAUUGGUUUGAGACGAUUUUGCAUUAUAACUAGUGGACAAUUGUUCUGUAUGGCUUGUACAAGUCGAAAACUGGUAAAUACUUUUAUAAUUAAACACUAGUUCAAUUU